CAUUGUCAGAAGUGUAACGCCUCCGUAGCUGGAACUUCAGUCCGCUAUCAUUACCGGGCUGUUCAUCAACCGACAUCCUUCAUUCGUCUCCCUGGAUCUGCGGCGAAGCUGAGAGUUGACAGAGACCCACGUACAGGUCGCUUCAAAUGCCCGAGGAUAGGCUGCUCGGUGUCGACGGAGCUAGCACAGGAAAUGCAGAUACACUCGCGAAACUGCACAAAGCCAUUAGACGUCUACCGAGAAGAGUCUGGGCCAAGGAAGCGUACAUUGUCUGCCUCGCAAAGCGCGUUUGAACCUCGCAAGGCUGCUAACCGUUCCACCAAUGGCCCGACUUCCGCCUCAGCGAGACGCAGCGCGAAGAACACUCCGGCGAGGCCAGAAAUCGAAAUGUCUUUGUCUGCUUUCAGUUUCUUUCCAGCACGAGCCCUCCGUGGCCACACAGCCCUGUUGGAGCAGACCACAAGAACACAGCGAGCGCUCAUUCGCCACUGUUUUCAAGGCCAAAUGAUGAUGGUGUCUGAGAUUGCGGAGUGGGUCGGCGUUGACCGCGACAUGGUGUGGUCGGUCGUGAGAAACGAGGACAACGACAACCUAAAUGAGGACCGGCUCUACCUGGACGGCAGGGAGGGUGAAAUCAUCAAUGUCGAUGCUCUAAAACAUAUCCCACUGUUUGUGAAGAGCGAGCCCGUGGACGAUAUUCAAUGGCCCAAGGGUAGCGUCAGCGAAGACGAGUACGACUCGGAGGAAGAAAUUGAAAUGCAAUACAUCUUGACCUCGCCGGAAGUCGCUCCCCGUCGUCAACGUCGGAUGUCAGACGGGAGCAUCGGCUCCAUGUCUUCGCUCACUUCACUAGGAGACGAAGAUGCGCCAGGAGACCCAGAACAUCUAUUCGAGGAUGUUGACGACGCUACCCCCGAGCCCGAGCCAUCACCUAGCUCCGUCUCGCCGCCCGUCUCGUCGACGGCCUACAGCAAUACCGUCUCAUAUUCACCGCUCACCGCGCGCGCAAAGUCUGAAGAUACCGUCGAAGCCUUUGUGCGCAGCCUUGGAGGGCCCUCAGAGCAGCUCCUCGAGGUCUUCUACGAUAUAGAGCUUGACAGCGCGGAGCGUCUCGACUGGCUCUGUCGUCAGCAGGAAGACUACUGGAACGACGUCAAGGACUAUAUGCUCCAUAAGGGCGUGAAGCUCUUUCACUGGCUUGUGGUCAAGAAGGGCUUGCGCGAGAGAGCGGCGACGCUUGCUGCGUCCGCGGAGUCGAGAGAGUGAUUCAUGAAUAUGCCGAAUGCUGGUAUACAUGUGACUUACUGUCCUUAUGGUUUUUUCUUAUUUUCU